CGUGUAUUUUGUUCAUACAUGAAGAGCUUAAUGCAAAGAAACCAUAAACUGUUAGUCAUUUGUCGGAGGGAUGAGAGAAAAUAAACUAUAACAAUUAUCAACUCACAGCUGAAAUAAAUUUAAAGCUUAUCUCAUUGUCAUUUUUGCGCAACAUUAAAUACUCUAUGCGGCGUAUUUUAUAGGUGUUACACAUUCACCGCAGACAGACCCACUUUCCAAACUGGCUCGGAGAGUGGACUGCAGCUCACGCUGUUCCUGGACACAGUUCACUCUAUGGGGACACUGACCCCCGAAGUGGGAGUCGACCUAUUCAUACACGAUGCACCCGAUGUGCCCCCUACUGCUAUGGAUCCGAUCUCUCUCGAGAAUGGCAAAAUGUACAGCAUCGGCAUAGGCCAGAGAUACUUCGAAAGGGAACGUGACUUGAGCAAAUGCCGAUCCGAAUGGCCAGAUGAGAUGGGUAUUCACAGUCGUGUAUCCCUUUUCACCUACAACCAGGACAUGUGUGACAAUCUGUGGUGUCAGAAGGACUACCUGGACAACUGUGGCUGUAUCUCAGACUACACCGGAUACCUCAUAAGAGAAGACGCUCAAAUAUGCAAUCUUAGGGACCCUGAAACAUUGCAGUGCAUGAAGAACCGACAUCUCCCCUGCUCGACCUCUUCGAUGUUUUUCUGCCAACAAGCAUGCAUAGAGCUGGACUACAAACUGUCCAUAUCACAAUCGACAUGGCCUAGCUCUCAGAGCACCCUCCUAUUGGUUAAUGAGUUGAACCGACUCAAUAUGAGCGAACUCCUUAAAAGCUUCCUCUACAACACAUUGACGCAGCCUGAUAUUGGAGUGGAAACCAUUAGAAAAUCUUUCGCGGAAAACUUUCUCAAAGUGAGACUGUACCUGAACGACCUCCGAAUAGAGCGCAGUACCGAAGUGAAAUCGAAUACGAUCAAUUCAUCCCUCAGUAGUUUCGGGGGAUCCUUGGGACUGUUCCUCGGGUGGAGUGUGCUCUCUGUGAUCGAGCUCGGCGUUCUGUUGAUCAGACUAAUCGGAAUACUGGCCAACUGGAUAUCUCGCAAAUGUACAGAUACAUGUCACAAAGAAACACACUAAAAGGGACUAGAAAAUAACCUCUAUUGAA